GCGGGGCCACUGCAGUGACCUCGGUCAGCUCCAGCGGCGCGCGCUCACACUGCACGCGACGCUACAGCUGCCUCGCCGUUAAAGCUGUGGCAGUUGGUUGACCUCCGUCAGAAACGCCUAGUUCCUCCCUUUUUAAAUGACCAGGAAGGCAGACAGAGCCUCCAGAUCACACAGCUCCCGACCACAGGGCAAUAAAUCACCCCUCCAAGCGCUGGAGACGAGGGUCUUUGUGAGGACUCCAUGGACAACCAUUCACUAGCACUGCACUAGGCAUUUAGUCCCCACCACACGGCAUCAUGGGGGAAGUAGUCCAGAUGCACUUCACUACGGUGGACUACGUGAUCUUUGCCCUGCUGCUGGUGGCGUCAACGGGCAUCGGCCUGUUUUAUGCUUUCUCAGGGGGCCGCCAGAGGACCACGCAGGAGUUCUUGCUGGCUGACCGCAGCAUGAGCUGCCUCCCUGUGUCCCUCUCCCUGCUGGCCACCUUCCAGUCUGCUGUGGCCAUUCUGGGCGCGCCCUCUGAAAUCUACACCUACGGCACACAGUACUGGUUCUUGGGCUGCUCCUAUUUCCUGGGCCUGCUCAUCCCUGCACACAUCUUCAUACCUGUUUUCUACCGUCUGCGCCUCUCCAGUGCCUACCAGUAUCUGGAGCUUCGCUUCAAUAAAACUGUGCGAAUAUGUGGCACUGUGACCUUCAUCUUUCAGAUGGUGAUCUACAUGGGAGUGGUCCUCUAUGCCCCUGCCCUUGCGCUGAAUGCAGUAACUGGUUUUGACCUCUGGGGGGCGGUUCUGGCAAUGGGACUUGUGUGCACUCUUUACACAACACUGGGUGGCCUGAAAGCUGUGAUCUGGACGGACGUGUUCCAGACGAUCGUGAUGUUUGCUGGGCAGCUGGCGGUUAUUGUGGUGGGGGCCCACCAGGCAGGGGGUAUAAGCGAGGUGUGGAGGAAAGCACAGAACGGCAGCCGGAUCUCUGGUCUGGAACUUAACCCUGACCCACUGGAGAGGCAUACGUUCUGGACUCUGGCUGUAGGGGGAGUCUUCCUCAUGCUGGCUCUGUAUGGAGUGAACCAGGCUCAGGUCCAGCGAUACCUCAGCUCUCGCACUGAGAAAGAAGCCAUCAUGUCCUGCUACGUGGUGUUUCCAUGCCAACAAAUAGUUCUGGCGCUGGGCUGCUUGAUGGGUUUGGUCAUGUAUGCCCGUUACGGGGAGGACAGCCCUCUAGACAAGGGCUAUGUCAAGACCAAUGACCAGAUGGUUUUGUUUUUUGUGAUGGACGUGCUUAGAGACCUCCCUGGUUUGCCUGGACUGUUUGUUGCCUGCCUUUUCAGUGGAGCACUCAGCACAAUCUCAUCUGCCUUCAACUCCCUGGCAACGGUUACCAUGGAGGACCUGAUCAAACCCCAUUUUCCUGGAAUGGCGGAGGCUCGAGCAACCCUGCUCUCCAAAGGCCUCGCUCUCGGCUAUGGGCUGGUGUGUCUGGCUAUGGCCUACAUCGCUUCUCUGAUGGGCUCUGUGCUGCAGGCAGCACUCAGUAUUUUUGGAAUGGUUGGUGGUCCUCUUCUUGGUCUCUUCUGCCUUGGGAUGUUCUUCCCCUGGGCCAACUCCAUUGGUGCGGUGGUUGGCUUAGUGGCAGGACUCGUCAUGGCUUUCUGGAUUGGUGUUGGCAGCUUCAUUGCCCGUAUGCAAUCAGGUGGCCCACCUGUGCUUGACGUUACUGUUUUUCCUGACACGGUCAACGCAACAACUGCUGUCAUGACAACACUCAUCACUUCCGUUGCUCCGAAACCCAGGCCUUCUGGAGUGCAGGCCCUCUAUUCUUUGUCAUACAUGUGGUACAGCGCUCACAACUCAGCAACAGUGGUAGUGGUGGGGCUGCUGGUCAGCAUUCUCACUGGACCUUGGAAGGAAAAGGAGCUCACUCCAGGUACUGUUUUCCCUGUGGUGGGCACGUUGCUCUUCUUUCUACCAGAACGCUAUAGAGAGAAACUCUGCUGUGUUACCCCUCUUGAGGGCAAGUCCAAAGCUCUGGGCAGGCAGCCUUACCAGAUGGCGAAGAAAGAGAGCAACGGUGUUGCCCAUUUUCAAGAUGAAGAAAAGACUGGGGAGGAAGAGGCAAAAGAGAAGACCACCCAGCCCUCCUGCAAGCUCACCAGGGUGGAGCAGGAGACAGCUUUGUGAUUGUCCCUCAAACUCUCUUAUAUGUGAAGCUACAUUCUCACCCAAAGCCCCACAAACCAAGCAGGAUAACUAUUAUGAUGCCAAAUUUCUAUGAAUAUUAACUCCUCAGAGCCCACAGUCUCACCUCUCUGGUCUGUGAGAGGUACCCUGGUAGUGGAGAACACAGAACGCUCAUAGCAUGGCAGGCCCACUUGCAGUAAUGUCGAGCACUAACCUCAAGGUGAGGGUUUAGUGUAUGUAAAAUGUAUUAUAUAUAAAUGUAAUAAUUGAACUGCUGAAAGUUCUUGAAGUGUAAAUGACAGUGGGCUCAAAUGGUUACUCAAUUUAAAUGUUAAAAAUUGUAAAGUAAUAUCAAUUACUUCACUCGAUAUGCUUACCCACAAAAUUGAAAGCACUGUGAAAGAGGUCACCCAAGACUUUCUUCAGAGAAUCAGGUUAACUUGCUGAAAAAGACACUAAGUAUGAUCUUAGUUUGUUUAAAAAAAAAAAAAGCAAAAUAUGACGUUUAAGGAACUAAAAUCCUCACUGAUGAUGAGUAUAAAGAUUUAUAACUGUAGUUAAAUCUAAGUUAAACAGAGUUGAGGAUCGUUAAUAAGGGGGUAUUUUUUUUAAAAAUGUAUUUACUGGGUUGUCUUCACUGCUGGAUAUUAGGUUCCGUUAGCCUUUUAUAUGCUGCUAUAGAUAAUGCAGUAACUUAGUGUCCACGCUACUGCAGCACAUGUUUAGCUGAAUAUUUGUGAAAUGCUGGAGAUUCCAAAAGUUCUUCAGUAGACGGGAGCCGUCAAUGCUGGUUCGCUGUUCAGUGUGGUUAAUGAGGUUUUGCAUGUGGAAUGAUUGUUCCCAGACAUCUUUGGAUCCCAUCGUUAGUUGUAAGUGCCUCCUCAUAUGAUUGCACUAGCUCAUCUGUUUUGUGAUUGGACAAGCAGUUGCCACUUUGUUUUAUAUUGACAUUUCUCAAUAUAACAUGGACCUCGUGGGGCAAACAACUAAUGAGUAUCUUUACAUCGUACCAUUUGUGGCUACCCUGCACUACAAAUGAGACGCCUGGGUUGAAACAGAAAAGUGUGCCUAAGGUGUGCCAUGUCUGCAUUCGUUUAUUGGUACCUCAGCCAGGUUGAUCUAGAAGUGGCCUGUUUUCUCUGUGCUCGUUUUUCAACCUAAUCCCUAUCUGCCAGACUAUUAGAGAUGGUUUGGUAACACUUUUUUAUAGUAUCAGCCAGGACUAAUAACAAUCCUGUUUAUUUUCUUCUAAGUGGUGCAGUUGUCUUAAGUGAUGACCCUGUUGUCAGGUAGUUAAUAGUUGGAUACCUGGCACACCCACUCUUGGUGCCUCACCCUGCUGUCACUUAGCACAGUUUCUAGCAAGUGUGGAUAUCUGUUGGCUGAUGUAACAGAAAUAGCAGCAUUUUUUUGAGAGGAAAACUGCUUUUCGGUAAUGCCUUCCAGAUUUGUUGAAUGCUAGUGGAUAUUCCAAAGCACAUGGGUUUGUAUGGAGAUUUUGUGCAAACUAUUUGUAAUGAAUCAUUUGUUAUCUAUACAGGGUGAUUCAAAAAGAUUCCUCCUAUUUCAAAAUGAUAUAUUUCACAUGUAAAUCAUUACAGAUCAAUGCAGUGAACUGUAAAUGGUUUAAGUGAGCAUAAAGUUUAUGAUGUAAUUGUACAAGUUCUCAGUCUGAACCUCCUUGCAUUAGUUAUUGUCUGUGGCAAGCGACCAUAUGUUACAUAUGCGGCAGAUAGAGACCAGGCUGAAAAACGAUGGACUGUUUCUUGAAGAGUCUGAGAUGUAAUACCAGGCUGUAGUGUUUACUGAGGUGAUGUUUAGCGGAAUCAUGAGAUCAUGGAAAAAGAACUGAAACCUGCUGGAUGUUUUCUGGCUGUAGUCGUCAACAUUUGAUAUUGUAUUUUGAUCAGCUGAACUAAACUGAAUGUUUUCUUUUUUUCUUAAUUUCACGCUUACCUAUGAGGUUUAUUGAACUAUAGACCUCAGUCAAAGCCAUUGAGUGUGUCGUGUCGUGUUGGGAGUCUUUGUGAUGUGAAGGUCUCCGCUCGUGUGAUUGUGAAUGUAAGCCUCAUUUUUCCCAGUCUGAAAAAGUGCUCAUGGUGUGUUGAAUUCUGCCCCAUGAAUACUGUUCAUGCCUCUCUCUCUCAUUUAUUUUAGCGUGUUGUGUAGGGUUGAUGAAAUAUCUUCAACUGGUUAUUCAUCUCCAAAGAACUGUCUUAUGCAUGACCAUAUGCUGGGCAUAAGAUUUCUGUCUGCCUUCAUUUGAUUUCAUUUGCGUUCUCUGUGCAUCUCAUGCCUUUUCAAAGUAGAAUUAGAGAAAUUUACAUAUUUGGGGAGAACUCUAUGUAUGCCAAAAGCACAGUGUCUAAAAUUACUUUGUUUUACAGUAUUUUACAGUUUUAUUUUAAACGAUUUUGACCCGUUCUUGUCCACAGCCAUUAAAUCUUGGCCAAAGAACAAACAGAGUAUGAUGAACAUAAAAAUAGAUACACAAUAAAAGAAUCUAUAUGAAUGAACUCAAGUUGUAGUACACAUAUACUACCAGUCAGUAAUUUGGAAGCACUUGAUUCUGGACUUGAUUGAGUCAUUAGCUGUGUUCCAAAGUCUGAGCUGCAGCCAAGGUAGUGUGGGUCCUCAGUAGAACUGUCCUAUGAAGACUCCUCCUUAGUGACCUAUUGGUCGCACAAAUGGAGCAAUCCUAAAGAGACUGCGUGGUGACUUCGACAGAGUGACGCCAAACUUGUGAGGGAACUGGUGAGAGAAAAUGAAGCCUGAUUGCAUUGCGUUUGUUGCUGUUUCAUUUCUUCACAGAAAUAGACUUUAUGUAGUAUGAUAAACUACAUACACACACACACUUAUAAAUAAAAUAAGAUAUAUGGACAUUCUUUGACUUUACACUUUGAGUUAACGAAGACGAAUCCAAGGAUAUGAAAUAUAAGACAUGCUCUGCUCCAACGGCUUUUUCCACUAUUAUGAUUUUAAAAAUGUAUUUUAUUUUACCCCCUCCAUGUCGUUGGUGCACAGAGAACUGUGGAUAACCGAGGGCCUGGUAGGAUACAUCUCAUCCGUCCUUCAAAUCACCCAGAACGUAGGCUGCAUUUCUAGGUUGUAUAUGUAGGAUCCUUCACUCUAGAACGACCUUCUAUGACGUAGCGGCAGAGAAAUGCAGCCUAACUUGGCUGCAUUUGAAUAAAUAAUCAGAUGGAUUCCUGUCCAUUAUAUAAUCAUAUUGUGCUAUGCGUGUUUUCAUUAAAUGUUAGUUGAAUCUCUGUUAAUGCAUCAGUGCAUUUUACUAUCAGUUGUAUUGUGAGCAGGUUUUAGUUUGAUGUUUUUGAAUACUGGAGCAAUUUGAUAUGAACGGCAUUUAUUAUUAUUAUUAUUAUUAUUAUUAUUAUUAUUAUGUGUAAAAUGUGGUUGUUCAUUUUUAAAUAGAAUACCUCUUCUGGGAGUAGGUGUGUCCAAACUUUUGGCUGGUAGCAUAUAUGUUGUUUUAUUACAGAAGAACAUGUGAAACACUUGGCUUCAUUUUCCAAAACGAAUUGAAAUCUCUUUAUAAAAUCAUAAAAAUGAUCAAGUCUUAAGGUCCAAAGGUGUUGUGUUCAUCCAGUGUUUGGAACACAAAGUCAGAACAAAUUCUGUGACACUUUUCCUUAUCAAACUAAAUUUAAUGGACAUGAAUGGGUCAAUGUAGAAGAAAAAUAUAGCGCAUUAUCCUUUAUGUAACUGAUAAUGGUACAUAAAUAAGUGCUACCGCUGCACUCGCACAAUGUUGGACUCCUACAGUCUGUUGGUACGAAGGACUGAUGCUGGAUUUUAGAGCUACUAAUAAUUUUUCUUGAGAUCUAUAGUUAGAAUCAUGAGAUCUAGCACUAUAAACGACUACUAGAUGCAGACGUCACUGCCGAGGAGUUACCUGGUUCAGCUUCUAAGAUGUCGCAUUAUAACAUUUUAAGAACAUUAUAACUAAUAAUUCUCCCAUUAUUGUCAUUCCCUUUGUGAUGGUUGUGUAGAAAUGUAGAAACAUUUUGUAAUCCUGGAAGGAGCUGCAUGUAGUCAUCUCAUCAAACCUGAAAUUACUUGAAUAGUGUGCACUAAUGCUUUCUAACACCUGUCGUACUGAGUGAAAUGCAGUGUAGCAGAAUUGAAAUAUGUAUUUUCAUAUAUCUUUUUAAUUUUGUGAUUUACACAUACUGUGGAUUUCUUCUAUGAAAUUAUGAACAUUGAAGCACAUGCUGUUAACAAGUGCACGGAAAUCUGAAAUGUAGCUUAGCUGACAAAAUGACAAGUCUGACUGAAAAUGGGCUCUACUUUUCAAUUUGCAAGAUAAGAUAAAACACCACCUGUACUUCUACAUUACCUCCAAGUACUGAAAAUACUGUGAGAGCCCCUGCUGGCUCACAGCUCUUAAUUUUAGUUUUUUUUCUGUUUUGUUUUUUAAUCAUUUUAUAAAGAGAGAAAGCAUAGCACUCAAGUAAUUACAAUCAAAAUAAAUAUUUUAAGAACAUAAUAUUUGUAUAUAAAUAUUAUGAGAAUAUUUAUUUUUAUAGAUAUAUUCCCAUUUUUGUAGAUGUUCUGGGUUUUUUUUUUUAUAACAUUUUUUAAAAUAUAUAAAGUCUUUCCUGGUAUGCAUUCCAAAAAAACCAUAAGCAAUGGAGUCUGACCAGCUUCAUUGCUUUGGCUGUGCCUUCACUGUCUCUUUUUUUGAUUGGUCGUGGAAGUUCCAGAGCCGUCCUGGAGACUUCAGAACAUGUUAUGAAAAGGCAAGCGUCUUGGUCGAGGGAGCAUUCGUAGCUAAGAAGCUAUUACAAAGAACAGUUUGUGUUUAGCUGCAAGAGUGAGGCAUUAUUUCCAAACCACAAACAUUGAAUUUGUCCUUUUACCAGCCAGACAGAAAUAUUUGUAAUGAGUGAUGGGGGGCUGGGGGAAUAUUCUCCACUUUGUUCUUUUUGAAUGAAUAAAAAUGUCUGCCUGA